CGUGACGCGCGGAGAAGGGGAGGGGCCAGAGGGCGGAAGUCGCGCGGUGCCAGCGGAGCCCGGACAUGGCGGGCGUGAAAGCUCUCGUGGCCCUGUCCUUCAGCGGAGCCAUCGGGCUGACGUUCCUCAUGCUGGGCUGCGCCCUGGAGUACUACGGUGUGUACUGGCCCCUGUUUGUGUUGAUAUUUUACUUCAUCUGCCCCAUUCCCCACUUCAUUGCCAAGAGAGUGGGUGAUGACAGCGAUGCAGCCAGCAGUGCCUGCAGGGAGCUGGCCUAUUUCUUCACCACAGGAAUUGUUGUCUCUGCCUUUGGAUUUCCUAUCAUCCUUGCACGGGUGGAAGCAAUCAAAUGGGGAGCCUGUGGCCUGGUGCUGGCUGGCAAUGCAGUCAUUUUCCUUACAAUUUUAGGCUUUUUCCUUGUGUUUGGCAGAGGAGAUGACUUUAGCUGGGAGCAGUGGUAGGAGCUCGCUGUGGUGCUGGUAAUUUUCAAUAUUUUACAGCUUUUCCCCUCCUGUUCUUGUGUGUAUGCAUAGAUCAUCUAAAUUGUGUGGUAUGUUAUAACAUUCAUGUGGCUUUGCAUUAUCACUUGAUACUUUGCUUUUUUAAAUGCACUUCAGCCAAAGGGACAGUGCUGACAGUUGGCUUGAAGUAGUCACUAAAAUGGGGAAUUAUUAUGAAUUUAUCCUUGAAGAAGUUUACAAAAAAAUAAGCAGUUUUACCCAUUUCUCACUGUAUUUGCAUUAAUUUUUGGUUUAAUUGUUGUGUCAUUGAGCCAUUGGUCACUAUUCCUGUUGGGGUUUUAACCAUAUAAUCAAAGAAUAAUAUGAAGAUUAUCCUAAUUGGGAUUGUUCAACUUGAUCAAUCUUCCUGCUUUAAUUAGGAUGAGUUAUUUCAUUUACAUCUCAUUAAUUGUAAUGUGAGAAAAAUUGUAAUUUUUCUUAAUGGUAAUAAAGCCAAACAUAAGUGAUGCCAACUCUUGCUGCCAUACGAAAAGCAAAAGAAAAUAACCCUGGUUAAAAACCCUUUCACUUAUGUUUGUUUCAAGAUCAUUUUCUCCCCACAAAGAUAUUUUCUGUCCCUAUUCAGUUUAAAAAUUGUGGCUAUAUUUGGGGAAUAACAUAUUUUAGUGCAUCUUAAAGCUGACUCGACUUCUAUGAAGGUUCACAAAAGGAGAAACUACCCUCAGGACACUUAAAAUCACAGUUUAGUGUUCAACUGUAUAUUUUUAUAGGUGUGAAUUGCAAGGAAUUGAGUGUUCUGCUGGGUAGGAUUUCUUAUUUCCUCCUUGCUUUUAAAACACCCUUCUUCAACUCCUGUUUUUUUUUUUUUUUGUCUGGAAGAAGGUUGUUAUGACAUUAAAACACUAUAUUUUAAAAUAGCAUUAUCCUAGUAAGCAUUCACAUAAUCACACUUAAGAAAAUAUAAUUUUGUUACUUUAUUUGUGUACGAAUAGAGGGAAUGGUCAGUAAUUAAUUACUGCUAAAAGAGGAAUUAACAUUAAAGGACAGCUUUUUUUCUGGAUGUUAAUGCUCCAUCCAGGACAUAGCAGGAUAAACUUACAAAAAUCCUGGGAAUAACAAAUUAUCUGACUGUCUUCUUCCUGCUUUUGAUGAAAUCCGUUGGAACUGGGGAAAUGACUUGUUUUAAUGGUAAACCAAAUUUUUCAGAUGAAACAUAAUUUCCAUGUUUAAAUCCUGCUUUAAUUUUUAAAGAAGAUGCUUUUUUUUUCCCUAUUCAGUGGCAUUUUUUCACUCAAUAAUGGAGUAAAACAGUGAAAUGAAACCCAGUCAGUGCCUGGUGAUAAAUUCUUAAUGCCAUUGCUAACAAUUCCAUUUAAGUCCUCUUGGAUUGGGGCUGGGUUCUGGAAAGCUUUUACUUCAUUUAUGUACCAAAGGCUGAGAUAGAAAUCUACAUAACUACUCAAUUACUGAUGGGGUUUUGGGGAGGAAAACCAGCUGAGAUUGAAUUUUUCCUGAAAAGAAAUCAUUCUGUAGUGUGUGGCAGGAGCAGUGAACAAGGACAAUCUAAAGUGACCAGGAGGACCAGAAAAUGCUGUUUUAAAUUGCUUUUUGCCAAAUUUUUCCAUUGUACUGUAUCCCCUUUGGGCUGUGGUUGGUGGGUACCUCAUGGGUGGUGAGUGGAGAAGGUCAAUGCUUUUUUUAUUAUUAUUUUUAUUAUUUGUAUUAUUAUUUGGAAGUACUUAUGUGCACUAAUCCCUAAUGUGAAUUUCAUGCAGUUUUCACAUUACAUUUAAUGUUUAAAAGUGUGUUGAAAUCAUGGAGAUCUUCCUUAACCUCUGUAAAUUUACUUUGUUAUCAAAUAUGGUAAAAAAUAAUAUUUCAGUGGGGUUUUUUUCUCCAGAGCUUCAGUCCCACUGAGCUCUGAUGUCUGUACUGGGAAUUCUGUCCCAUCCCUCCGGUGGGAAUUCAUUGUGGUUUCUCUGGAAUGGUUUUCCUGUGUGGAAGUGAAUACUGUGUAUCCAAAGUGCCUUAAUUUCCACACAACGCUGAUUUUUGUGACGGCACCUCCACGGCAAGAUGAGUGUUCCAUAAUCAGCUGGAAAUCUGUGGCUGCAUUUUCCAAAGCUUCCUUGUCAGCCAAUCCUGUUUCCUGUCAUUGGGAAUGCAGGGCAGCUUUUGUACCUUUUGUAAACAGUUUUUUUAUGAUUGCCACAUCCCUGAGAUCAUCGAGUAUUAAAACAUUCAAAUAUAUUCUACUUGUCUUUCCAAGUUGCCUACUAAAACUGACUUUUGGAAUUGUCUAAUAAACAUAUCUGAUGCUUAAA